AUGGGGGUCUCUCCAGAUGAACCCAAAGCUGCUGUGACAGAGAGACAGAAUACACAGGAACUCAAAGGGUCUCCCUCGUCAUCUCCACCGAAUGGCGAACAACUCGAUGUCAAGGUCGAUGAGGAUCCCAAGCAGGAUCCAGAGACGAAAGAUGAGACCGAGCAGACUGCCUCGCUGGGCCAUUAUUUCAGAAUCCUGUCCUACUUGACAUUCAAAGAUCGGAUGGUUCUGGCAGUCGCUCUGGUAUCCUCCAUGGCCUCUGGAGUACCGCUGCCUCUGAUGAAUAUUAUCUUCGGUCAACUGGUUGGUAACUUCGGUGACUAUUUUCUUCCCAACUCAACAACAACCGAAAGCGAAUUCAAAGCUUCGGUCAGUCGAUUAAGCUUGUUUAUUGUUUAUCUCUUCAUCGCGAAAUUCGUCUUGACGUAUUUUUCCAUGGUAAAUAAGUUCCCGCAAAAUGAGUGUCCCGUGGGCUUGAUCAUUCACAAGCCCGAUUACUGCUUUCGCGUUACUAGCCUUCGAGUCUCAGCGGCAUUGCGAUUGGAGUAUAUGAGCUCACUCUUCGCUCAGCCCAUCAGCAAACUCGAUCAAGUUUCAGUCGGCACUGUUGUCAAUGCAAUCACUACCUCCUCUAACUCGAUUCAGCAAAGCAUCUCCGACAAGCUAGCAAUCCUAUUUCAAUCACUCGCGCUAUUGAUCUCAGCCUACAUCAUCGCCUUCAAAUAUUCAUGGGCUCUGACCCUUGCGACCAGCUCUGCCAUCCUCUUCAUCGUGAUCGUCUGCUCUUUAACAAUCCCGGCGAUCAUGAAGAUCCAGCAGGAGGUGGACAAGGCGAAUGAAAAGCAUUCAACGAUCGCAGCGGAGGUCUUUGGAUCCAUUCGAACGGUGAUUUCACUUGGUGCUGAGGCUCCGCUGGCCAAGAAGUAUUGUCAAUGGGUCGAGGAGUCGCGCAAGAGAGGUACCAAAUUAUCAGUAAUUAUGGGUUUCCAAUUUGGCCUUCUCUUCUUUGCCAUGUAUGCCAGCUAUUCGUUGGCCUUCUGGCUAGGGUUGAAACUUUUCCGGGAAGGUCACAUCCCGAACAUCGACACUGUCAUCACGGUCUUCUUUUCCGUCAUGAUCGCUGUGAGCAUCCUCGGAAGCAUCGCAUCGCCCUUGAUGAUGAUCUCCAAAGCAGCUAGUGCUGCAAGUUCAUUUUUUGAGAUAAUUGACGCGGAGAGAAUUGCGGCCGAUGGAGACCGGGAUACAGAUGCGCUAGCUUCGGGAGAUAUAAUAUUUGAAGAUGUUCAAUUUUCAUACCCGGCUCGACCUGACACGCAAAUCCUCUUCAGCUUGAAUGCACGAUUCGAACGAGCUAAAACGACAGCCAUUGUUGGCCCGUCUGGAUCUGGAAAAAGCACGAUCGUGGCACUCACAGAAAGGUGGUACGCACCAGAAAGUGGGAGUAUUUCAGUCGGUCCGCGCAACAUUGCAGAGUUGGAUCUCAAGUGGUGGAGAUCUAAUAUUGGGCUUGUGCAGCAAGAACCCUUUCUGUUCAAUGACACAAUUUUCAAGAAUGUUUCAUUCGGAUUGGUUGGUACCAAGUGGGAAGAUGAGCCCGACUCUGUGAAAUUGGAAUUGGUGAAGAAUGCAUGCAGAGAAGCAUUUGCUGAAGAGUUUAUUGAUCGACUUCCAAAGGGAUACGAGACUUUGGUGGGUGAGAAUGGCGCGAAAUUGAGCGGCGGCCAAAGACAGCGCCUGGCCAUAGCUCGAAGCAUCAUUAAAGAACCGACUAUCCUGGUUCUAGAUGAGGCCACCAGUGCAAUCGAUGUCCGUGGGGAAAAGAUCGUUCAAGCAGCCCUUGAUCGUGUAUCUAAGAACCGGACAACUAUUGUGAUUGCCCACCGGCUCUCCACCGUCCGGCGCGCUGAUAAAAUUAUUGUUCUCCGGGGAGGCAUUAACAUCGAAGAAGGAACCCAUGACGAUCUUCUAGCGAUGGACGAAGGCCUUUAUCGAGGCCUCGUCAAUGCUCAGCAACUUGAUACCGCUGCAGAUGAGGAUGACGAUGCGGUUGAAAUUACAGAAGCCCUGAAGCAGGAGAUUGAUUAUUCAACUACGGUCCUGGAAGAUUCACAAGAUGAGAACAAGAAGAAAGCUGACAAACGUGGCUUUUUCAGAAGUGUUGGACUUUUGAUGUAUGAGUCGCGAAGACACUGGAGAUUUUUCUUGCUAGCAUUAUUCGCCGUUUUGGGUGCUGCUUCUGCGUUCCCUCUACAGAGUUGGCUUUUUGCCAAGCUCAUUCUAGUCUUUAGCUAUACAGAUCAGAAACUGGUUGACGCUGCCAAUUUCUGGUCCUUGUGGUUCUUUGUCCUCGCUCUAGGCAUCGCGGCCUGUUAUGCAUCGAUUGGAUUCGCGGCCAACAGACUCGGCAUUGAAAUGUCCUCUACCUCACGAGCAGAAUAUUUCGAAAAUAUUCUUCGAAAACCUGUUCCAUUCUACGACCUGAGCGAUAAUGCCUCCGGAUCUCUAGUUUCGCGCCUGGCCACCGACCCCAAGCAGAUCGAAGAUCUGAUCGGACUUAACGGCGUCUUUCCCGUGAUUUCCUUAUGCAGUAUGAUUGGUUGCAUUGCAAUUGCCUUCUCCUUCGGUUGGAAACUAAGCCUUGUGGCCACGUUCGCUGCUCUUCCUUUUGUUUUCCUUGCUGCCUACAUGCGCAUCCGGUAUGAGCUGGAAUUCGAUGCGAUGAACUCUGCCGUCUACUCGGGCAGUUCCCAGUUUGCAGCCGAAGCUAUCGAGGCGUUUCGCACUGUUUCUGCACUAACCAUGGAAGAUUCCAUUCUAAAACGCUACUCGGCCCUUCUUCAAGAGCAGCAAAAUAAAGCUUUCCGAAAAGCCUGGGUCGCCACCCUCGUGUUUGCAUUCUCCGAUAGUGUUGAGCUUUGUGCGAUGGCCCUUACCUUCUGGUAUGGUGGCCAGCUACUCGCAUCUAGAGAGUAUGAGCCUACUUCCUUUUUCGUUGUCUACAUGUCCAUUAUCCUAGGUGGGCAGCAAGCUGGUCAGUUCUUCAGCUAUGGGCCCAAUAUUGCCCAAGGAACAGCUGCGGCGAACAGAAUCCUGGACUUCCGCCCCGCCCUUGGUGGUUCUGAGAAUUGUCCUGAAAACCGUGAAAUUGAUCAGUCCUCUGGGUCUGGCGCACAUAUCGAAUUCCAAAAUGUUGCAUUCAAAUAUGACUCUCAAGAGAAGCCGCUAUUUACCGGUCUUGAUGUCAACAUAGAAAGCGGCCAGUUUGUUGCGUUCGUGGGUGCCUCAGGUUGCGGUAAAACAACAACUAUCUCGAUGCUCGAGCGAUUUUACGAUCCUUUCCAGGGUACUAUUCUCUUGAAUGGAGAAAACAUCACCACUAUGAACAAAGCUUCCUACCGCCGAUCUUUAUCUUUAGUCGCCCAAGAACCACGUCUAUUUGAAGGCUCCAUCCGCGACAACAUCACUCUCGGGCUUGACAGCUCAGAAUACACGGAAGAAGAACUAAUCCAAGCAUGCAUCGAUGCCGAGAUCCAUACAUUCAUCACUUCCCUUCCUGAGGGAUAUUCAACAGAGCUAGGAAUAAAGGCGCAGACAGCCCUCAGUGGUGGCCAGCGACAACGACUAUGCAUCGCACGCGCCUUGCUACGAAAACCCACCCUCCUCCUUUUAGACGAGGCAACAUCCAGCCUUGAUUCGCAUUCAGAGAAAACCGUCCAGGCUGCGCUUGAACGACUGGCUGGGCGGAGGAGCAUAACAAUUGUCGCUGUUGCACACAGACUGGCAACUAUCCAGAAAGCGGAUGUCAUAUUCGUCUUCGGAGAGAGUCAGGAUGGCAAUGGGUCCACAAUCGUUGAGCAUGGGUCGCAUCAGGAGCUUCUGCGCAAAAAGGGGAUGUACUGGCAAAUGUGUCAAGCAACUGGGCUGGAUAGAUAA